UCUGGACUCCACUGCCCGGCUGGGCCCCACCGGUGGACCAGCGAGGCGCGCGCGGGGUCGCCCCAGGGGGCGCGGGCGCAGGUGGCCCGGCGCCCUGUGGAGCCCUGGCGCCCGGGAUCUGAAGCAGGUCGAUAGCGGAUCGAUAGCAGCUCCGGCAGCACCAUGUCUCCGGCGGCCAAGGCCCCGCCGGCCGGGUGAGAAGCGGUCGGAGGUGGCCCGGCGGGCGGCGCGGCUGCAGGUGCCGGGGCGCAGUAGCGGGUGCGGCGGGCGCGCGGCCAGGAGGCCCCUGGGCCCCCAGCCCCCGAGACCCAACUCCGGCCCGGGCCCGAACAAGUUGAGCCGGCAGCGGAGAGCCGGGCUACGGGGCCACCGGCCCGCCAUGCCGGCGGUCAAGAAGGAGCUCCCAGGCCGCGAAGACCUGGCCCUGGCUCUGGCCACCUUCCAUCCGACCCUGGCCGCACUGCCGCUGCCGCCGCUCCCAGGCUACCUGACACCGCUGCCGGCGGCGGCCGCCCUGCCCCCGGCCGCCUCGCUCCCCGCCGCGACCGCGGGCUACGAGGCGCUGUUGGCUCCCCCGCUCCGCUCCCCGCGCGCCUACCUGAGCCUGCACGAGGCCGCCGCGCACCUGCACCUGCCCCGGGACCCUCUGGCCCUCGAGCGCUUCUCGUCCGCCUCGGCCGCAGCGCCGGAUUUCCAGCCGCUUCUGGACAACGGCGAGCCGUGCAUCGAGGUGGAGUGCGGCGCCAACCGCGCGCUGCUCUACGUGCGCAAACUCUGCCAAGGCAGCAAGGGUCCGUCCAUCCGCCACCGCGGGGAGUGGCUCACACCCAACGAGUUCCAGUUCGUCAGCGGCCGGGAGACGGCCAAGGACUGGAAGCGCAGCAUCCGCCACAAAGGAAAGAGUCUGAAGACGCUUAUGUCCAAAGGGAUUCUGCAGGUUCACCCUCCGAUCUGCGACUGUCCAGGCUGCCGAAUAUCCUCCCCGGUGAACCGGGGGCGGCUGGCGGACAAGAGGACAGUUGCCCUCCCCACUGCACGGGUCCUAAAAAAGGAGCUGACCCCCAGCUUCUCGCCCAGUGAUGGUGACAGCGAUGGGAGUGGUCCGGCCUGCGGGCAGCGGCCAGGCUUGAAACAGGAGGACACCCCACAUGUCCGUAUCAUGAAGAGAAGAGUCCACACCCAUUGGGACGUGAACAUCUCCUUCCGAGAGACGUCCUGCAGCCAGGACAGCGACCUGCCCGCCCUCCUAUCCAGCGUCCAUCGCAGCCGCCACCUCGUUAUGCCCGAGCACCAGAGCCGCUGUGAAUUCCGAAGAGCUGGUGUGGAGCUAGGCCUGCGGGCCACAGGUGACCUGUCGGGCAAGAGGCUAGGCCGCUCCCCCCACAGCAGCGGCGACUGCCCAUUGGAGAAGAAGGCGCGGAGCAAGUCACCCCAAGAGACUCUGUUGCUGCCAGAACCAGGGCCCAGCAUGGCCCCUGAGGACCACUACCGCAGGCUUAUGUCUGCCCUGAGUGGAGCCGGCACCCUUGAGGACCCCCAGCGCCUCUACCACCUGGGCCUCCCCAGCCACGAUCUCCUCAGAGUCCGGCAGGAGGUGGCAGCAGCAGCUGUGAGGAGCCCCAGUGGCCUGGAAGUCCACCUGCCCUCAUCCACGGCAGGUCAGCGUCGAAAGCAGGGCCUGGCUCAGCACCGAGAGGGCACCGUGCCAGCAGGCCCCCCAUCCUUCUCAGAGAGGGAGCUGUCGCAGCCGCCCCCCUUGCUGUCGCCCCAGAAUGCCCCGCACAUCACCCUGGGCCCCCACCUCAGGCCCCCCUUUCUGGGGGUGCCCUCGGCCCUUUGCCAGACCCCAGGUUACGGGUUCCUGCCCCCUGCCCAGGCGGAGAUGCUCGCCCGGCAGCAGGAGCUCCUGCGGAAGCAGAACCUGGCCCGGCUGGAGAUGUCCGCAGAGCUGCUGCGUCAGAAGGAGCUGGAGAGCGCGCACCGGCCGCAGCUGCUGGCCCCCGAAGCCGCCCUGCGCCCGUCUGAGGGCGCGGAGGAGCUGCAGCGGCGCGGGGCCAUGCUGGUGCUGAGACACAGCUCCGCGCCGCUGCUGGCCCUGCCCCCCCAGGGGCCCCCGGGCCCCGGCCCGCCCACCCCUCCCCGGGAGCCUGUCCGCCGCGCCCCUCAGAAGGGGGGCCCCAGCCCGGCUUCAGUCCACUCCAGUGAGUCCAAGGAGACCACCGGGACUGGGCUCUGGGCACAAGAUGGUUCUGAGGACGAGCCCCCCAAGGAUUCAGAAGAAGGAGAGGACCCUGAGAUGGUGGCUGCUGGGGGCCAAGCCUCAACUGGAGGGGCAAGCCCUGAGGGGAAGGGGCUUCUCUCAGGGUCCAUGCUGCCCCCUCCCCUGCCCCUGGGCUUACCCUAUGCCGUCAGCCCCUACUUCCACACAGGCACCAUGGGGGGACUCUUCAUGGAUGGGGACGAGGCCACAGCCCCCGAGGACCUCAGCAAGUGGACAGUGGACGAUGUCUGCAGCUUUGUGGGGGGCCUGGCUGGCUGUGGAGAAUAUGCACCGGUAUUCAGAGAACAGGGGAUCGACGGGGAGACCCUGCCCCUGCUGACCGAGGAGCACCUCCUGACCACCAUGGGGCUGAAGCUAGGGCCUGCUCUCAAGAUCCGGGCCCAGGUGGCCAAGCGCCUAGGCCGAGUCUUCUACAUGGCCAGCUUCCCUGUGGCUUUGCCGCUGCAGCCACCAACGCUGCGGGCCCCCGAGCGGGAGCUCACCUCUGGGGAACAGCCCCUGUCCCCCACAAUGGUCCCCUCCCCCUAUGUGGGGGGGCAUCCCCCUGCUGGCCGAGCCUCUCCCAAGCAAGAGAACGGAACUGUAGCUCUGUUCCCAGGGCCUGCAGAGCCCGCCCAGCCUCUGUGCUGAACUGGUGGGUGAGCGACCCUGCUCCCUAACCCUCCAGCGCCAGCAGCUCUGAUGCAAAAGACCCACCCCACAGCUUCCUUUCU